CGGCUGAAAAGCGACAGAGCGCGUGCACAGGGGUUUAUUGCUGCGAAGCGCGCGCGAGAGCACUGAGCGCAGGAUGCGAGCUGCACUGUUUCCUCCCACAGCAUUCACGAAACAUUUGUAGCACAAAAUAAUCUAUUAUUAAUAAGCGAUCCCAAGUGUUAGUGUGCAAACUUAAAAAUUAAAAAAAAAGCACGGACCAUGAACGACAUAAAAGUUGCAAUUCUUGGAGGAGAAGGAGUCGGUAAAUCAGCGCUCAUUGUGCGAUUCCUAACCAGGAGAUUUAUCGGAGAGUACGCCUCAUCAUCAGAGUGUAUUUAUAGAAAACGUAUGUCCGUUGAUGGAAGGCAGCUGAAUCUGGAACUUUACGACCCCUGUUCCCAGCCCUGUGAGGGAAAGACCACUCUGAAUGAGCAGAUCCACUGGGCAGAUGGCUUUGUGGUGGUGUACGACAUCAGCGACCGCUCCUCUUUCAUCACCGCUACAGCUAUCGUGCAGCUGAUCCGAGAGCUCAACCUGGGAGCAGCCAAAAGGGAUUCUGAGCCCGUGGUGUUCUUGGUGGGCAAUAAACAAGACCUGUGCCACAUGCGAGAGGUGGGCAAGGAGGAAGGACAAAGGUUGGCAACAGAAGGGCGCUGCCAGUUCUAUGAGCUCUCCGCUGCCGAGUGCUACCAGGAAGUGUCGCUUAUGUUCACAAAGCUGGUGCGCAACGCCAGCCUAAACGGCAAAGCCAAAGAGCGGCGGCGGCGACCCAGUGGCUCGAAAUCCAUGGCUAAACUGAUCAACAAUGUGUUCGGCAAACGUCGGAAAUCAGUGUGAGCGAGUACCAGAGGACAAAGAGAGACGUGCAUAGACACUUCCGUUGCCACGGUCAUAACAGAGGCAUUUCGCUUCUUACUGAAGUGCCAAGUGGAUUGAAGAUCUACAUGGUUAUUUCUGCCUACUGCAUGCAAUCACAUGUAAAACGUCAGCCAAGUGCUAUCAGUAGUGUGUUUCGGGGAGACCGUUUUUGGUUGACAUAAUCUGCAGUUUGUCGUAAAUGUUCCAACUGUGCUCUCGAAAUGUUUCUUUGUUGGACGGUGCAUUUAAUUGGCAAAUAUAGUAUGCUACAUUUCAUGUCUGAGUAUGAGCAUAGACUUGAGUAGACAAGUUAUGACCUUCAUAGUAUAAGACUGAAGAGCUGCUUUAAAAUAUGCGACAAAGUUUCUUGGCAAGGUUCUAGAGUUUCUAAAGACAAUUCGAGCAAUAUAUUGCUCAUAAAUUACAUCUCAAUGAGGCUAACCCUUUACGUUGUAUAACAUUGCAGGUUUUCCAAAUGAAAAGGGCCCCUAUGAGCUACUACUACAUUCAUUCAAUCAUCAAUACUAUAUUAUUUAAUCAAUGUUUCCUGAUCAUGAGAGAUCCAAAUCUUGGGAACACUGAGUAUGAGGAGGGAAUACACCAUACGCAAUUUCACAUUGGUUUACAUACUGUAUAGGGAGAUUUAUGAUUGUCACUAUGUCUUUGGAAGUGGAAGGAAACUAGACAACCCUGAGGAAACCUAAAUGGACACAGGGAGAACAUGCAGUAAACUGAGGAAUAAUCCAGGGACACUAAAAGUACAUUUUAACUAGAAAGCGACAUGCACUGCUCCUGGCCAUAGUGUUUGUUCAUCCUAGAUGAUGAAUAGCUAGCAGAUGAUAUUAAAUAUUUAUCUGUGAGCUUGCAGAUAGAACUUAUUUUUCAAAUAUUGCAAAGAAAAUGCAAAACAGUGGGAGAAUAAAUCAAUUUGUCUUUCAGUAUUUAAAAUAAAGAUAAAAUACCGAGGUCACAUAUAGAAACGCUUCUACUAUUAAAACUGCUGUGUGACAGUUUGUAGCCACCAAUGUUAUGUCUGAAAAACUCAUUAAAAUCAUAAAAAAUGGACUAGGUAUUUCAGAACCUAGUAACAUUCCCGAGUGCCAUUCUGUAAACUUCUCUGUAUGUUUGAAAUGCUGUCUUCUAUUGUAUAAUAAAAUGGAACAGCUUUCA